AUGACACGUAACUGGUAUGACCUUAUCGUCCAAAAAAACCCUUCCAAAUGUCAGAGUUAUCAAAGAAUAAAUAGAAGCAGAUUUGUAGUUGACUUCUCUUUUAAUUUCGAAGUAUUACCACUUCAUAAAGAACUGUCAGAAUUUUCUAUACCAAAAAACUUCUAUAAUGAACUUGAAAAAACUCAACAAAAAAAUAUGAGUGUCGGUUAUAUGCACUUGCAUAAUAAUAUUCUUGACGAAAGUUCUUGGGUGCCGUUACUGCCAGGUUAUGUCAUAUAUACUUCUUUGGGCGGCUUAUAUUUCAAACUUUCUAUUGAAAGAAAUGAAGAUUCUUUGCAAUUUUUUUGGCAAGAAUUUGGGAAAGACUUCACAUUUACUAGCUGUAAAGCUCAAGGCCGGGAAACACUAGGAUUUUAUCUCAUGAUAAAACAAUAUAAUAUAAAAAAUAUUUCAGUUGUUUCAGCUUUAGGAUUUAAUGAACCUACAAUUGUAACGAUGUUACAAAAUACAGUUCAUAAGAUUUUUUCCCAUCGUUUUUGUCAAAAUUCAAAUUUUCAAUCGCCUUUAACAACCAUUUUAAAAGAAGAGACUUUGGUUCGUAAUCUUAAACGAAAAAGUGUUGAACUUGAGCAACUUUGUGAAAAAGAUUCAGUUAUUCAUGGAAUUAAAUUGGAAGAAGAUGGAAAAAACCUUUCUCCAAAGUUUACACAGGCUCUUAUGGUAAUGCACGAAAAAUACAAAUCAACAUGUUAUAAUGCUAAUCGCAGUAUCAAACGGCUAAAAACUAAAAUUGAUCAACUCAACCGUGAAAAUUUUGAUUUGGAUAGUGAAAUUGAUUUAAAUGAAAAAUCUGAAAGAAUAAAAAAGGCAGUAAAUAAAAUUUUAGAUGAGAAGAAAUUGGGAUCAACGAUAUUAGUUAGUACAGAACAAUAUCUUUCUUUAGUACUUUCGCAUCCUUGUAGUCAUUGUUGUAAUACCGAUUUUCAAAAAAAGUCAUAUCAUGUAUCUUGCGCUGGAUUUAAUGUUGCAAUUGAUUUAGAUUGCCAACUAUGUGGUACAAUAGAUUCGUACUCAAAUCAAUCUAAAGGAACCAAUUUUUCACAUCUAGUUGCGGCAUCAACUUUGGCAGGUGGAAUGAAUCAUUAUGCUAUGCAAGCUGCAUUAGCAGUUAUGGGUAUUACUGCUCAGAGUUGUAAAAGUUCUUAUCAUCAAUAUCAAUCUCGGAUGUUUCCUGCCCUUAUAUUAAAAGCUGAAGAGUCUACUAAACAAGCGUUAAAAGCUGCUAUAACCCAUACUUUAACAGAGGGGAAAAAAGCUUUAACUAUUGGAUUUGACUGUUCUUGGUCCCACUCUCGUAAUGCAAAACAAGCAAGUGGAGAAUUUAUUUAUUUAGAGGAGCUUGAAGGUUACGGACACAAAGCCGUUGUUGCUUUUCAUGUAGUAGAAAAAUCUCGUAUAACCACUAAAAAAGGAAAAGAUGGAACUUCUGAAGAAAAAGUUGUAAUACAUCAAGGCAAUUUUGAUGCCAGUUCUCGCCAGAUGGAGCAUGCAAUUUUAAUUGCACUUUUGGAACAAAUAAUUCCAAUAUUAGAAGAAUCUGAUCUUUUACUUGAAGUUUGCAUUGAUGGAGAUUUGGAUUCCAAUAAAACUUUAGCCAACGUUCCUAUUGUGUCAGAAAUUUAUGCGGACCUCAAGCAUGCAAGCAAAAAUAUCCGAAAAAAUUUAUUUUAGUAGUUAUUUUAUUUAUUUUUAAUUUGUUAAAAGUAAUAAUAUUGAUAUUUUACAUACUUUAUAUUGUUUCGCAAUAGUAAAAAAACAAUAUGCACGUUAUCACAAUUUUGAACAACAUAUUAUGAGAUACUUUAAUGGAUGUGUGUUUACCGCUGGCUUGCGAAAAAAAAAUAAUGAUCCAAAUGCACCAACAAAUGAAGAAUUGCGUUACAUUCAAGUAGAAGGCUUAAUCCAACAUCUUCUUAAUAAUCAUGAUCUUUGCUGGAAAGAAGUUUGUUGGUAUAAGGAGAACGAAGAAUUACAACUGCAAGCUCCAACAUUACAAUCUUUUACAAAAACAGAGAUUGA